AUGUCCCAGCGGCUCCUCCUGUCACUCACCCUCUGGGCAAGCUGCUCCCCUGGUAAUGCAGGGACAGCUGCUCUGAGCCAGCCCAGGGUGCGAUGCCUUGCCUCUCGGUACCCCGUGGCUGUGGACUGCUCCUGGACGCCGCUGGGGGCUCCCAACUCCACGAUGGCCACGUCCUUCAUCGCCACUUACAGGCUAGGCGUGGCCGCCCAGCAGCAGAGCCGGCCCUGCCUACAGCCAAACCCCCAGGCCACUCGGUGCAUCAUCCCCCACGUGCACCUGUUCUCCAUGGUGCCCCACAUGUUAAAUGUCAUGGCAGUGCACCCCAGCAGAGGCCUCCUGGCCUUUGUGGCUGAGCAGAUCAUCAAGCCUGAUCUCUCCACCCCAGCCCUGCCUGCCCAUGGCCUGGGAAGGCACACAGCAGGACAGAGUCUGCAGGUGCCCUGGCAUCCCCCUGCCUCCUGGCUUUUUUCAGACAUGUUCUCUCUCAAAUACCGCAUCUGGUAUCAUGGAGCCUCCCACUUCAACCAGAUGGGACCCAUUGAAGCCACGACCUUCAUCCUGAGGGCCACACAGCCCCAUGCCAAGUACUUGGUCCAGGUGUCAGCCCAGGACCUCAUGGACUAUGGGAAACCAAGUGACUGGAGCCUCCCCGGGCAAGUGGAGAGGAUGCCCCAGAAUCCCUGA